UCUAAAGUGGUUGUCAAACUACACCCUUUCUCUCUCAAUAUUUUUUAUGAAGCUUGGAAAAUUUUUAUUUAUCAACUGGGAGAACACCCUAUUCACUUCUCCUUUAUAUAUGCUCUCAUAAUUCUGCUUCACUAUAUUCCAUAAACAUCUCAGUUUUAAAAUUAACCCGCUAGACCUUGUGACCUUCUCUCAACAGGCACACAUUCAUCAAAGAAAGAAAAAGAACGAGAAGGAGAAAUGGGAACUUCUCUUCUGGGUGUUCUACUGCUUUUAUUUCUGAAUUUUUGUCUGCUCUACGACCUUGCUCUAGCUAGCAUAACUCGGCACUACAAGUUUGAAAUCAAGUUGAAAAAUGUGACUCGUUUGUGCAACACCACAAGCAUUCUAACUGUAAAUGGAAAAUUUCCGGGGCCUCGCAUUGUAGCAAGAGAGGGUGAUCGCCUUGUUGUCAAAGUCGUCAACCAUUCUCCAAAAAAUAUCUCUAUCCAUUGGCAUGGCAUUCGACAGCUUCAAACAGGUUGGUACGAUGGGCCAUCUUAUAUAACACAAUGUCCUAUUCAAACGAAUCAGAGCUAUGUUUACAAUUUCACCAUUGUUGGCCAAAGAGGGACUUUAUUUUGGCAUGCACAUAUCUCAUGGUUAAGAGCCACUCUUUAUGGCCCUAUAAUCAUUCUGCCCAAACUUGGUGUUCCUUAUCCAUUUCCUAAACCUUACAAGCAAGUCCCAAUACUGUUUGGAGAGUGGUUUCAUGUAGAUCCUGAUGAAAUCAUUAACCAAUCCCUUCAAACAGGUGGAGGACCAAACGUUUCUGAUGCUUAUACUAUUAAUGGACUUCCUGGCCAAUUCUAUAACUGCUCAGCUAAAGAUACAUACAAGCUGAAGGUGAAGCCUAGAAAGACUUAUCUUCUUCGUCUGAUCAACGCAGCACUCAAUGAUGAGCUCUUUGUGAGCAUCGCGAAUCAUACUGUAACAGUAGUAGAAGUUGAUGCUACCUAUGUCAAACCAUUUGAAACUGAUAAACUUCUAAUAACACCAGGACAAACAACUAAUGUUCUGCUCAAAACAAAACCUGAUUUCCCAAAUUCCACGUUUUUCAUAGCUGCAAGACCUUAUGCAACCGGCAUGGGCACUUUCGACAAUUCUACAGUAACUGCAAUUAUUGAAUAUGAAAUUGAAUCCUCACCCACACAUACAAUUAAAAAACAACUCCCUCCAUUGAACCCAAUAUUACCAGCUUUAAAUGACACCCCGUUUGCUUUUAAUUUUUCAACUAGACUACGUAGCUUAGCAAGUCUUGAAUACCCAGCUAAUGUGCCUCAAAAAGUGGAUAAACGUUUCUUUUUCACUGUAGGGUUAGGAACCAACCCCUGCCCUAAAAAUCAAACUUGUCAAGGACCUAAUGGAACAAAGUUUGCUGCUUCUGUGAAUAAUAUUUCAUUUGCAUUUCCAACAACAGCCAUGCUUCAAUCUUACUUCUUUCGGAACUCGAACGGUGUUUAUUCAACGGAUUUUCCUAGCCAGCCCAUAAUCCCGUUUGAUUAUACGGGGACUCCAUCAAAUAAUACAAUGGUGAUUAACGGAACUAAAGUAGUUGUUCUUCCUUUUAAUACUAGCGUUGAGGUGGUGUUGCAGGAUACAAGUAUUCUUGGGAAUGAAAGCCAUCCUCUUCACUUGCAUGGCUACAAUUUCUAUGUUAUAGGCUCUGGAUUUGGUAACUUUGACCCUAACAAUGACCCAGCAAAGUUUAACGUUGUUGAUCCUGUUGAAAGAAAUACGAUUGGUGUGCCUUCUGGUGGUUGGGUUGCAUUUCAGUUUCUAGCUGAUAACCCUGGGGUGUGGCUAAUGCAUUGUCACUUUGAUGUGCACUUGAGCUGGGGUUUGAGAAUGGCUUGGAUCGUUUUAGAUGGAAAUCUUCCCAAUCAGAAACUGCCUCCACCACCGUCUGAUUUACCCAAGUGUUGAUUAUUCACACUCUGCCCUUUGACGACUUUUCUAAUUAAUUGUAAUUUGUUGAUUUUACACCAUUAGGCCUUGGCCUAUCAAAAUUUUCCCUUUAAAUGUCCUUUGCUUUUCCUUUCUUUUGUGUUUUUUUUGGGUUAUGAUUAUCAUGUGAGAUAAUGAGAGAAUAAAAAGGAUUUUUCCUUUUCUUUUU